AUGGAAAACUUUGGAAACCCAAGGAUCAUUCUAGCCUUCAGACCUAUUCUCCUGAAUGCAAAAAGGUUGUGCUUCUUGGUGUCGAUAGGAAUCAAGAAUGCUACUAAUUCUCCUUCUAUUUUGACUGCUUUCAGCCUGUGCCUCACUGGAGGAAAGGAAGUUCACAAUGCGAUAGUGAGCAGCAUACAGGAUUUAGCAAAAGUUUUCUCAGGCUACCAAGAUGAAGUAUUGGUAAAACGUGAAGAAUUGCUCCAAUUUGCACAAGCUGCAAUUUCAGGGUUGAAAAUUAAUGCUGAUCUUGCAAGGAUAAAUGCUGAAACUUCAAGUCUGCAGCAAAAAGUUGACAGAAUGAGAGAAUCCCAGGUGUCCUCAACUGAAGGUCAUUCAGAGACAUCUGAGAAAACAACUAUUGCAACGUUUAAGGCUCUAAAAGAAGCACUUGCAGAAGUUCGACUUUGUUCUAGAUUUGAAGCACUAUUGCUACAGAAAAAAUCACUGAACAAUGGGGACUCGCCUGAGAUUCAUGCUCAGAAGGUUGAUAAGUUGAAAAUAUUGGCAGAAUCUCUUGCUACAUCCAUCUCAAAGGAUGAAAAGCGCAUUACAGAUCACAGGCGCCAGAAAGAUGAGGCUCUUGACUUUCGCGUGUCAAAAGCCAAUGAAGUUGGUGAAAUUGAGAAGGAAUUAGCUGCUGAGAUUGCAAAACUUGAGAAGCAAAGAGAUGACCUUGAAGCUGAAUUGAAGAAGGUUAACAACUCUUUGGCUGCUGCACGUGCACGCCUUCACAACACUAGGGAAGAGAGAGAUCAAUUUGAUGAAGCAAAUAAUCAAAUUGUUGCACACUUGCAAACAAAGGAAGGUGAGCUGUUGAGAUCCAUUGCUUCAUGUAGAUUAGAAGCAGACGUUGUAAAUACAUGGAUCAAUUUCCUGGAGGAUACUUGGGUUCUCCAGUCAUCAUACACAGAGCAGAAAGAGAAGCAGGUCAAUGACGAGCUGGAGAGAUGUGGAGGUUAUUUUAUUAAUUUGGUCACCCGUUAUCUUUCUGUUUAUAAGGAUGAAUUGGGCCCUUCUAUCAGCCGCAUCAAGAAAUUUGUGGACAACUUGAAGAAUUUGGCUGGGGGCAGGUCUGAGAUGCUGUCUGGUUUAGAUGGUGAGAAUGCAAAAACCAUAGACCCACGAAGGAAUCUGGAAGAGGAAUAUCUGGACUGUGAAGCAAAGAUUGUAACUACCUUCAGUGUAGUGGAUAAAAUGAAAGAGAAGUUUUAUGCUUUACACGGAAAAAAUUCCUGGAAAGAUGAUCGAAGAGUCAAAGAGCUGCUUGGUUCCAUUGAAGAACUGAGAGAGGAGUUUGACUCCAUUGAGCGACCAACCUUGGAGAUCGAGACUCCAUCCCCUAGGGAAGAGGCACCAUCUGGUGAGAGGUUAGAGGAGGCUCCAUCUCCUUCUUCCCCUGCACAGACCAUUCAUACAAUUCCUUCCCCUACAGGGACUGUUGAUACAUUGCCAUCUAAGAACGAUGAGCCUCCAAAAUCAACUAUAGUCAAAGCAGAGCAAUCGUUGGACCCUGAAGCUGAACUGGCAAAGCUGGAGUCAGAUAUUGGGAAUGUCAGCAGAGAUUAUACAGAGGAGAUUGGUGGCUGGGAAUUUGAUGAGCUGGAAAAAGAAUUGAGAUCGGACGACUUGGGAGCAAGCAAAUAAGACUAGUUUUUCUGUUGAAAUGAGCACUCAUGGUAUUCAAUGCAUCUUUUGUAUAUUGUAUGUAGCUAUUAAUCAUGUAGGCAACAAUUAACCAUCUAGCAACCCCAGAAAAGUUGCCUUUGGACUGGUUAUAUUUGUAAUGAUGACCCACAUCAGCUGAGAUCUGUUUAAUCAGGUGUAAAUAAUUUAACUUGUAAUCAUGUAAUAUUUGUAAGUUAUUUAGGAAAAAAAAAAAAUGUAAUGUUAAAUUGUUUGCA